AUGAAAUUUGCUAAAGUUUUGGAGCAAACUCUCAUCGAAGAAGAUAUCCCAGAAGAAUGGAUUGAAGCCGCCAUACAGUAUAAGUCAUUGAAAAAAUGCAUUAAUAAGGUUGUAAGUGAGCUUCAGUUUUUGGGAUUGGAACAAAAUACGUUGAAGUUGAUUAUAGACGACAAGGCCAAGCAGCAGGUUGUGGAAAUGGAUAAUAAUGAAUACACGCCUAACAACCCUGUUGUGGCGGAAUAUACGUUGACGAAAUCGAAUUUUGGACAAAGUGACCAUAUCAUACCGAUGUUGAAAAUCAGUAUCGAUUAUAAUAAUGCAGACAUUUCGGAUGACCAUAUUAACGAAGUUUGGUUGCGCUUGAAGUCAAAAAUUGAGACGCUAAUAGGCAAUGAAGACAGUAUUAUUGAGAGUGUUAGUAAUAGGAUAUAUGAGUUGAAUGAAGACAAAUCUUUGGUGUUAUCUCCACGGGGGUCUAGACGAGAAGGGUCGCCUAUCCCUGAUGAUUAUCUCGAGCAAAUCGCGGGCGAGACUUUGGAUAAUUCGAGCAAGAGAAGCGAGAUGUUAAUUAUGUUGAAAUCAGACUCCCAAUUCUUUCAAAUGCUUAACGGAGAGUUAGAGAACCUUGAUAAGUUGAAGCAAGAUGAGGAAUCGAAAUUAAUAGAGGAAGUCAAGGCCAUUAGCGAGUCGAUGCAACAAUUAGCAAAUCCUGCCAAGGGACCACUUAGAAAGUCGGACCUUUACAAAUGGAGGGAGUUAUUCAAGAUUUACUUGGAUUCGGAAGUCUAUUUCAAGUACAACGAAACUUCUGUUUCUGCGUCUGAAAGAGAUGGUGAACAGGUGAAACGCAAUUUGAACGAGUUUAUCAGCCGUGUAGAAAAGACUUCUUUGACAGAUCAGUUUAAAAACAAAAAGAGCAUGGUUGCGUUCAACCAAUUCUUGAAUAUGAAUUUUCAUUUACUAAAAGUUCUCCAGUUCCAGUCUAUCAAUUCCACCGCUUUCAGAAAAAUCUUGAAGAAAUUCGACAAGCAAACGUCUUUGGGGGUGAAGUAUAAAUUUCCGAAAUUGAUAUCCAGUGACCAUAUCUUUAUUACCGGGUCUUCAAUAGCCCAAUCCAUCUGUUAUGUUAUACAAUCGUCAAUUUUAACACUUGUUCCCCAAUUAGACGAUUACACUUGUCCCAUCUGUACAUCUGUCGCCUUUAAACCUAUCAAAUUAGAUUGUGGUCAUAUAUUCUGCGUCCGAUGUCUAGUUAAAUUAAAACAACAGAAGAAGGUCGACUGUCCUAUCUGUAGACGUGAUCAUGCUAUUGCGUACGCCGACAGUUCAAAUUUAGAUCUCGAAUCCAUGGCAUUAAUGAAGCAAUAUUUCCCUAUAGAAGUUAAAGAAAAGCUUAAGGAACGGGAUAAGGAACGGUACGGUGAGCUUGUUGGAGAUAAUAAGUGUAUAAUUACAUAG